AUGCAAACCAACCUCAAGACUAAAGAAAUGUUUAUAGUCAGGGCUUUAGAAAAGAUUUUGGCUGAUAAGGACAUAAAACGCUCCUACCAUAGUCAGCUGAAAAAGUCUUGCGAAGUCGCUCUUGAGGAAAUAAAAGCUGAGUUAAAAAAUGGUGGUCAAGCAGAAACAUCAGAAAGUCCUACAUCGGGCACAUUGCCAUUACCCAAAAAUGAUGCAUCCAAUGUUAUUACAGCAGAAAAAUAUUUCUUACCAUUUGAACUAGCAUGCCAGAGUAAAGCAUCUCGAAUAGUUGUGACUGCUUUGGAUUGUCUCCAGAAGUUAAUUGCUUAUGGACAUUUGACUGGAAACAUUCCAGACUCAACAACACCAAGAAAACUCCUUAUUGAUCGAAUCGUCGAAACUAUUUGUAGCUGCUUUAAUGGCCCACAAACAGAUGAAGGUGUGCAACUGCAAAUUAUUAAAGCCCUACUAACAGUUAUUACAAGUCAACAUGUUGAAGUUCACGAAGGCACAGUGCUUCUUGCUGUUAGAACCUGUUAUAACAUAUACUUGGCUAGUAAAAACCUUAUCAAUCAAACCACAGCCAGAGCCACUCUUACCCAAAUGCUUAAUGUUAUAUUUACAAAAAUGGAAAAUCAGGCACUUGAAGCAGAGAAUAAUACUAAUAAUCAAUCUAGUGAUGUAUGUCACAAAAUUCCUAAUGGCAAUAUAGUCUCAGAUGAAUCUAAUCAUGUUUCUAAUGAAGAAAACAAAGAUGCACUAAACACAGAAGAGGCUAUUGAUGAUGUUUUAGAAGCCAAGAUAAUCGCACGGCAAAUUGUUGACUCGGUAAUUGAUAAUGCUAUAUCAAUUGCAACAAAAAAGAAGACAGAAGAAAAUGUUGAAAAUGUUCCUGAUAAUAAUGAAAUCCCAUCUGAUACUCAAGAUAGUCACAGUGUAUCACAAGAUAGUAAUGGGCAAGUUCAAAGUGAAACACCCAUCCCUAGAAUACCAUCACAAGAAAGUGUUGAUGUAAUUUCAGAGAAUGAUAAUUCUGUUACUGCAAAAUUCACUCAUGUUUUGCAAAAAGAUGCAUUCUUGGUAUUCAGAGCUUUAUGCAAAUUAUCUAUGAAGCCACUACCUGAAGGCACCCCAGACCCUAAGUCACAUGAGCUAAGAUCCAAAAUUUUGUCCUUGCAUCUUCUACUUUCUAUCCUUCAGAAUGCAGGUCCAGUAUUUAGAAAUAAUGAAAUGUUUAUAACAGCAAUUAAACAGUAUCUCUGUGUAGCUUUAUCUAAAAACGGAGUUAGCUCUGUGCCUGAAGUCUUUGAACUUUCUUUAGCUAUCUUCUUAGCAUUACUUCAGAACUUCAAGGUUCACUUAAAGAAGCAAAUUGAAGUUUUCUUCAAGGAGAUUUUUAUGAACAUCUUAGAGACCACUAGCUCCACUUUUGAACAUAAAUGGAUGGUCAUUCAAGCCUUGACAAGGAUUUGUGGAGAUGCUCAAAGUGUUGUUGAUAUUUAUGUCAACUAUGAUUGUGACUUGUCAGCUGCAAACUUAUUCCAACGAUUGGUAAAUGAUGUUUCUAAAAUUGCACAAGGUAGACAAGCAGUUGAACUUGGUGCGACUCCAAAUCAAGAAAAAUCCAUGAGAAUAAGAGGACUAGAAUGCCUUGUUUCAAUACUAAAAUGUAUGGUGGAAUGGAGCAAAGAGUUGUAUAUUAAUCCAAACAUGCAGACAACUCUUGGUGAGAGACCUGUGAGGGAGGAAUCCGACCAUCAAAGUAUUAAGUCACAUGGGGGUUCUAGUGUUAGUUUAAUUUCUACUGGUUCAAGUAACAUUGGAAAUAGAGAAACUUUAGACUCUCCUGAACAGUUUGAAGUGUUGAAACAGCAAAAAGAGGUGUGGGAGACUGGAAUUGAUUUAUUCAACCGAAAACCAAAAAAAGGUGUAGCUUUUUUGCAGGAACAAAGUUUACUGGGGACAUCCAUAAAAGAAAUAGCAGAGUGGUUACUGACUGAUGAAAGACUUGAUAAGACAUUUAUUGGAGAAUACUUAGGGGAAAAUGAUGAUCAUUCUAAAGAAGUAAUGUAUGCUUAUGUUGACUCAAUGAACUUUGCUAACAUGGACAUUGUAGCUGCUUUACGACAUUUUCUGGAAGGCUUUAGGUUGCCUGGAGAAGCCCAAAAAAUUGAUAGAUUAAUGGAAAAAUUUGCUGCACGGUAUUGUGAAUGUAACCCAACCAACACACUUUUUACAAGUGCGGACACAGUUUAUGUAUUAGCAUUUUCCAUUAUAAUGCUAACAACUGAUUUGCAUUCGCCACAAGUAAAGACUAAAAUGACUAAAGAACAAUACAUCAAGCUAAAUAGUGGUAUAAGUGAUAACAAUGAUUUACCUCGUGAAUAUCUAUCUCAAAUAUAUGAUGAAAUAGCUGGCCAUGAAAUUAAAAUGAAGAACACCUCAAAACCUGGGAAGCAUAUGUUUACCAAUGAAAAGAAGCGUAAAUUUACUUGGAACAUGGAGAUGGAACAAAUAUCCACUGCUGCUAAAAACUUAAUGGAAUCCGUGUCACAUGUUCAGACACCUUUCACUACAGCCAAGCAUGUUGAGCAUGUGCGACCUAUGUUCAAAAUGGCAUGGACCCCAUUUUUAGCCGCAUUCUCAGUGGGAUUACAGGAUUGUGAUGACCCUGAAAUAGCCUCAUUAUGUUUAGAUGGCAUCAGAUGUGCAGUAAGAAUUGCUUGUAUAUUCCACAUGUCACUGGAGAGGGAUGCAUAUGUACAAGCGUUAGCGCGUUUUACACUACUAACGGCCAAUUCCCCCAUUACAGAAAUGAAAGCUAAGAAUAUUGAUACAAUAAAAACUUUGAUAACAGUGGCGCACACUGAUGGUAACUACCUUGGAUCUAGUUGGUUGGACGUGGUCAAAUGCAUUUCACAAUUAGAGCUCGCACAGCUUAUCGGUACUGGGGUGCGGCCCCAGUUUCUCUCAGGAUCUGGAAUAAAACCUCAACCGGAUGCAUUAAAAUUUAGUCUGAUGGCCUUAGAUCCCAGUGUAAAAGAACAUAUUGGGGAAACAAGUUCUCAGAGCGUUGUAGUCGCUGUCGACAGAAUAUUUACAGGAUCAACCAGACUGGAUGGAGACGCUAUUGUUGAUUUUGUAAAAGCCCUUUGCCAAGUAUCUCUUGAUGAGUUAAGCCAUCCGUCUAAUCCUCGUAUAUUUUCUCUGCAAAAAAUUGUUGAGAUUUCAUACUACAACAUGGGGCGUAUCAGGCUCCAAUGGUCUCGCAUUUGGCAAGUGCUUGGCGAUCAUUUUAAUAAAGUGGGAUGCAGUAGUAACGAAGAUAUAGCUUUCUUCGCGGUUGACUCCUUGAGACAAUUGUCCAUGAAGUUUAUAGAGAAAGGUGAAUUUGCUAACUUCAAAUUCCAAAAGGACUUCCUGCGUCCUUUCGAACACAUAAUGAAAAAAAAUUGUUCACCGACAAUCAGAGAUAUGGUGGUCCGCUGUAUCGCACAGAUGGUUAAUUCACAAGCACCGAACAUAAAAUCUGGAUGGAAAAAUAUAUUUUCAGUAUUUCACUUAGCAGCCAGUGACCAAGACGAAUCAAUCGUUGAUCUAGCAUUCCAAACGACAGGAAAAAUUAUUACUGACUUAUACGAAAAACAAUUUCCAGCCAUGAUUGACUCAUUCCAAGACGCUGUUAAAUGUCUAUCAGAGUUUGCCUGUAAUGCUAAGUUUCCAGAUACAUCGAUGGAAGCUAUAAGACUGGUUAGAUCUUGUGCGAGUGCCGUUGGUGCGUCUCCACAUUUGUUCGCAGAGCACGCGGGCCUGGAGGGAGAACCUGGGGCCCCAGAAGAAGAUAGAGUCUGGUUGAGAGGAUGGUUCCCUCUACUGUUCUCACUCUCGUGUGUUGUGAGUCGCUGUAAGCUUGAUGUACGAACGAGAGGACUAACUGUCCUCUUUGAAAUUAUAAAAACGCAUGGUGAUGCAUUCCGUCCCCAUUGGUGGAGAGAUCUUUUUAAUAUAUUAUUCAGAAUUUUUGACAAUAUGAAGUUGCCUGAACAUCAAUUAGAAAAGAACGAAUGGAUGACUACAACGUGUAACCACGCGUUGUACGCCAUAGUGGACGUGUUUACACAAUAUUUCGACAUUCUAGGCUCCUUAUUGUUAGAGCAGCUGUACGCACAACUGCAUUGGUGCGUUCAACAAGACAAUGAACAACUUGCUAGAUCGGGUACGAAUUGUUUAGAAAAUCUAGUCAUAUCGAACGGAACGAAGUUCACCGAGGACACAUGGAGCAAAACGUGUCAAAUUAUGUUGGAUAUAUUUAAUAGUACCCUUCCUACAUCAUUACUGACUUGGAAACCUGAAGAAAACGAAGAUGGAGAGAUCCAGCACGUGCGACAUGGUAUUCUUAAAAAACCACAAGGGGGUGACGAAAUCAAAUCAUCGAAUCGCGUGUUUAACAGCCUUCUCAUAAAGUGUGUCGUACAGUUGGAACUCAUUCAAACUAUUGACAAUAUCGUGUUUUAUCCUGCGACCUCAAGAAAAGAAGACGCAGAGACUUUAGCCUUAGCAGCGGCCGAAUUGACGGGUGGACAUCCGGGGACCGAGCAAGAAUGUCAGAGAGAAGAACAAGGCAUGUAUAGGCUGCUAAGCUCGCCACACUUACUACGUCUGGUAGAAUGUCUUAUGUGCAGUCAUCGGUUCGCCAAGACAUUCAAUACUAAUAAUGUGCAAAGAAAUGUAUUGUGGAAAGCAAACUUCAAGGGUUCAGUGAAACCCAAUAUGUUGAAACAGGAGACGCAGUCGCUAGCGUGCGUAUUGCGGAUACUAUUAAAAAUGUAUAGCGACGAGACCCGGCGAACUCAUUGGCCUGCGGUACAGAACAGCCUUAUAACUAUAUGUUGUGAAGCCUUGGAGUACUUUGCAGGACUUAAUAACGAAGCCCAUCGGGAUGCCUGGACCUCCAUCCUGCUUCUCAUUCUCACCCGGAUAUUAAAGAUGCCCGAUGAAAGAUUUGCGGCGCACGUGUCAAAUUACUACCCCCUGCUGUGCGAGAUCACCUGCUUCGACCUGAAGCCGGAGCUUCGGUCAGUUCUUCGACGGGUCUUUAUACGAAUCGGUCCAGUCUUUAAUAUAGUUUCCAACACGCAAUAA